AUGGUUAAUCAUAUCGAAUCUGCCUCCCCGUUGGCAGAGUUGACCAACCAAGUACCCGUGGCACCGGAAAGCAACGUAGUAAAGAGUCCAGUUGCCCGCGCCCACCGUCCCGCCGCGAUCGUCAAACCAAGAAGCAUUUCACAGGUCCAGACAUGCGUCCGAUGGGCGUUGAAGCACAAUGUCGGCUUGACCAUCCUGGGUGGCGGCCACAGCGGCCACUGCCUCCAGCCCAACGUUGUGGCAAUCGACAUGAGCGCCUUCAAUCAAGUAUACAUUGUUACUGAUGAGGAAAGUAAACGAGCAUCCGGAAAUGAUAUGGGGUUGAUCGUGGCGGGCGGAGGUUGUAAGGCCGGGGAUAUUAUCCGGCAAAGCUUGCAGGCGGGCAUGACAGUCCCCCUCGGCAGUCGACCUAGUGUAGGAGCUGGACUCUGGUUACAGGGCGGUAUCGGCCAUCUGGCUAGACUACAUGGGCUGUCGUGCGAUGCUAUCGUAGGCGCUGUGAUGGUAAGUGUCAGAUCGGGCGAGGUGUUCUUGGUUGGUCAUGUACCGAGUCAACACCGUCCAAGACUUGGUGUACGGCCAGAAAAUGAUGGCGAUUUACUAUGGGCGUUGAAAGGUGCGGGGACGGACUUUGGUUUUGUUGUGAGCGUUACUUUCAAGGCCUACGCCGCUCCGUCGUACUCGGUUCGAAACUGGGUUAUUCCGUUUGCAGAUGAUGCCCAAGCGAGUCUCAAGCUUAGAGCUUUCGAUGAGCUUGUUACUACUCAGCUUCCCCAGAGCUGUUCAGCAGAGGCGCACAUGUACUUCGAGGAUGACCAGCUACGAUUCGGUGUGCAUAUAUGUGAGUCGUCAACUACUGAAACUACACCCAGUCAUGUCACAGGCAUGUCGGCAGUUACGGAACUGGAACCGGACGAGGAUGUCAAAGGCCUAGACGGUGUUGAGGUUUUUGAGCACGAAAUGUGCGUGGUUAGACUCCGUGGCGGUUACGGCAGCAAAACCUCAUCAUUCAAGCGAUGCAUCUUCCUAAAGUACGUUGGAUCACCACAUAUCUCCACUCAUCUUAUCACGGCUCUAAAGACCCGUCCGACUCCGAUGUGUUAUCUUCAGCUUCGGCAUGUUGGAGGAGCAGUCAAGGCUGUCUCAGCCGGCGCUACUGCGUUUGGCUGCCGAGAUUGGAAUUUUGCUUUCGUGAUAAGCGGUGUCUGGCCUCGUCAUCAAGACAACACUGAGACAGCUCGAUCUGCGGUGCGGUGGGUUUACGAUGUCACGGAGAAGUUGCUACCAUUCUGCUCCGGCGUUUACGGAGCCGAUCUCGGGCCGGAUCCGAGAGACACGGCGCUAGCGGCAAAGGCUUUUGGACCGAACGGCCCGCGUCUUGCCCGGCUUAAGCGAAGCUGGGAUCCGCACAAUGUACUGGCCUUUGCUUGUCCACUGCCACCAGUCUCGGCACCAAAGCUCAUCAUUCUUGUUACCGGGGAAAGUUGUGCUGGGAAGGACUACUGUGCCGACGUCUGGGUCUCCGUGUUUAACUCUCUCGCAACCGGACGUCUCGCGGCUCGUUCCAUUGGCAUUGGUGAUGGAACCAAGCGGGCGUAUGCGGCACCGAAUCAGGUGCAGCAGCGACCCCAGCUACCUGAGGAGAAUUUCCUCAAGGCAGUGGACUGUGGUCCAGACGUAGACGUGCUGCUGAUUACUGGGGUGAGAGAUGAAUGGGCCACUGCAACGUUUGCGCACUUAGUGCCAGAGAGUAGACUGCUCGAGAUUCGUGUCCAAGCUAGCACACAGACACGGAGCUUGCGUCGAGGCUGUCAAGGUUCCGAUGAUGUUGUCGACGAUACACCAAGCGAAAGCGACUACACCUCCUGUCCCACUCUCAUUUUCAACGACUCAGCCGACUCCGAGGCCGUUGAAGGAUUCGCUAAAACCCAUCUAACUCAGUACUUUCACCACGACUUGCAUCGGCUAGCUGCUAUGGUCACCCCCAUCGCCAACUUUCCAAGUCCCGGCAUCACGUUCCAGCACGUGUUCGACAUCUCACAGCAACCAGGAGGGUUAGCCUUAUGUACGUCCUUGCUACAAAGUCAUUUCGUCGGUGACUGGCGCAAGAUUGAUAAUGUGAUUUGA